GUUGGGUACGAUGCUUGCGGAAAGAUGACACUCUAAGGGCUAGUUUAGAAAUUUAAAUCCUCUCUAGGAUUCUUCUCAAGACUUAAUUUUUCACUCAAUCUCCGAGAAUCCAGAGAGGAUUUAAGUUCCCAAAGUAGCCCUAAAAAGCGGUACACCUAAACCAUUUCAAGACAUACACCGUAAAGAGGCACCUAGAUUCCUGUCAUUAUUAUCCUUACACCAUAUGUAUCAUAAGAACUUUAAAGAUUAGUUUGGGAACUCUAUUUUUCCGUGGAUUCUUAUUUUCUCAAGGGAAAAUGAACUAAUUUUUCUUAGAAAAAUAGAAAUUCCUUAGAAAAAUAGGGUUCCAAAACUAGCCCUGAAGUUUAAUCUCUACUACUCUAUAAGACUCUAACGUAGACCAUCCGUUCACCAUGGUUCUGCCCUCUCACGUGUUCUGCUCACUCUCGACCAUACGAUUGCCCAUUCGCUCGCUUGCGUCGUUCGAUCUCCGCACAACGCGCACGCACCCUACCCUCUCCACAACCAACCCCCGCGAGAUCUGCUCCCAUCUCUUCAUCUCCCCCAUCGCACGAGGUUUGCGCCCCUCCCCGCUCGCCAUCGGCCCGUCUCAACGCGCACGCACCCUACCCUCUCCACAACCAACCCCAGUACCCCACGAGAUCUGCUCCCAUCUCUUCUUCUCCCCCAUCGCACGAGGUUUGCGCCCCUCCCCGCUCGCCGUCGGCCUGUCUCAGCCCCUGACCCUCCACCGCCACCGACUCCCUCUCUUGCCACCGAGGGAAUUUGGAUCUAGGAGCCCAUGCCACUACAGCUCUCCCCCGCCCACGAUUAGCCCUCGGCUCGGGAGAUGCUGACGCCCAUCGCGACCACGAUUUGCUCCCUCGUGUCCUCGGCCUCUUCCUCCACUCUCAUCCUCCCUCCUCCCCCCGUCCUCGGUUAUUCUCGUCGCCUCCGCCGCGCGUUCCGCUCUCCCCACAGCCUUUGUCCGCCACAUCAUCCUCGGCUGUUGUCGGCGCCUCGCUCCACGCCCGCCCUCGCCCAACGACCCUCGCCGCACCCCUCCCUGUCCUCGACAACUUCCCCUCUGGCCCCGUCCUUGCCGGCAUCGGCGCCUGCUCUCUCCGUCAUGGGGGAGGGGAAAGUGAAGGAGGAAGAAGAGCCAAGCGGCUAAGCCAGCUCGGCCGGUCGCCUCCCACCAAAAUCCCCCGAGACAUCAUCGACGAGGAGAUGGAGAUGGAGUCUAGCCCCGCAGCUCCUCGGCAUCACAAUCGUUGCCUCCCGUGUUGUGCCCUUGGAUCCACUUCUCGUGCGACGCCCCUGAUCGACAAGCACGUCGUGCGUCCGCACCGCCUCCCUGACCGACAAGCAUGUCAUGGCUCCAGGCACUUGCAGCCUCCGCGCUUCUUCGGCCAGCAAGCACGCGACCACGCCUCCCACUAUUCAGUCGUGGUGGUUCCAGGUGCUUCUUGCCUCCGUGUCUCCCUGACUAGCGACUAUGUAAGGAGGGACCUCCCCUGCCCUGGCUCCAAACAGAAUCAGGGAAUACGGUCAGCCUCCCAUGGUUGCUGCCAUGUAGGCGAUCUGAUAGUCCACAAAAACCUAAGAUUCGACACCAAGUCACUAACCAAAGGAAGAUCGAGAUGAGGAAGGAUGUGAUUUGAUCUCAAAUAUCAACUACAUCUGUCUAGCGUCGAGACACAUGUGUGCUACGCCAGAAGCUGAUGGUUGUGGGUAAAACAUUUUUGUUGCUGUAAUCCCCAGCCUAGCAAGUUUCACUUAAACAAUGGUUCAGGCUUUCGUAGCUUGCAAGGUACUAUAGGCUGUAGCACAACUUAUAUACUAUUUUGUACUGACUCAUGCGGAGGGCCCGUGAUCAGAGGUGCUGCUAAAUUUUUAGUUACACAAAGUCUACUAUUUAGCAUCCGCAUGUUAGUAAUUUUUUAGCAAGAAUGCAAUAUCGGUACAUAGUAUGCCAUGAAUCUUUUUACCUAUCUUUCUAGCAUUCCAUUUGAUGAAAAAAGAGAGUAGGAGUGUGUUGUGUGUGUGAUAGGGGGUGUACAGAGGAGAAAAAUCUCAAAUGCAUGGCUCAACAGCUCUUGUCAUGUGCCUCUUGUCUUCUUGCCUUAUAGAAUGCAGAUUCUAGAGGCGAUCACUACACACUGCACACACAACCUUCCCCUCUGUAUAGCUAAUCCAAUCGACAAAUCCAGUGUGUGCGCUCUCUCUUUCUCAAAACUAUUGUCUCUUUUUUGGAUUCUAAUAUUCACCCAAUCAUUGUUUUUGUUUUGUCUCAUGUAAAUUUUAGAACAUCAAAUCCUAUGUUUUUGUAAUUUUACUCUUGCGAGCUCAAAUUAUUUGCAUAAUAAUCAGCCGACUGGGAUAGAGCUUUAGCCAUACGUUCCUCUUAUAUGUUCAGCUAUGUCGUGUGAACUGAAUGAAAAUGAUCUGAGCUCUACUAAAAAUAUAUGUUCACCAUGCUAUCAUGCUUAGUAACAGCGAUAUGGCAUUGUUAGAAGUACAAAAAUCUAGGACCUCACAUGAUUACUCUCUAUUGUCUAAAUUUUAUUUUCCAGUAUAACCAGUUAGUGCACUCCGUGUCCAUAAAAAUGACGCAAGGACAGAUGGGGCAAGGCAAACAUGUAUCACUCCAAAGUACAAAUAGACCAAUGGAACUAUUUGUAUUAAUAAUAUUAAUUAUAUAAGUGGUAAUUCUAUUGGUCUAUUGACAAUAUAUCUUAUCCAUGGAAACAGUUGGCUGGACCUUGAGUUUUUUCUCUUUCAUAGACAGGACUGGACGCGACUUGUGGCUAUUUUCUCUCUGUUUAUAAUAUUUUGCAGGGCUAGAAUUAUUCCUCCAAUUCAUUGUUUCGAUUAAAAAAAGAUACCUAACAAUCUUUUCUGUGGCACCUCUUCAGCACAACCGUUAUAUUCGUUCUUGCACUUGUCAGAGUAUUAUACCCUUACAACCAUGGUGCAAAAUCAACGACAUUCUUUAAAUGUUUGUGUUGAGCUUCACUGUUCAAUUGCUCCAUCACAGAUGUAGAUUUGAUAUCUACAUUCUGCUUUCACAUACCUAUAAAGGAGUUAUUUUUCAUAUUUUGGUAUGUUGUUGUUUUCACUAAACUUCAAGAGAUUUUAAUUGUCAACCUCAUAUGUUGGAAAGCAGAUGGUUCUAGACACACUUGAAGAAUGGUUGUCACUGAACUUAAGGGAUUUUAAUUGUUACUGAACUUUAUUGAUGCAUAGUGAAUUUACCAUUCUAAUUGUUGUGACUGCAUGAUAUCAAAACAGUGACAUGUCUUUUUAGUUGCUACUGUUGUCGGGUUGGGUGGUGGAGGAGAAAACAAUGAUCCCACUGCUCAAUCUAUCGAUAUAUGAGCCAAACAAGACACAAAUCAUGGAACAAGUGAAUUGCCUACAUCUUACCAUCAGUGUGUUGAAGAAUGGUUGGAUGACAAAGGCCAAGGAGAAUGCUGCAGCUAUGUUAUUCAGUUUAUAUGUGGUCCAUGACAAUAAAAAAGAUAAUGAAUGAUCCAGAGAAUGUGGAAUGUAUGCAUAGCCUUUUAUUCGAGUCAGCUAUUAAACAAGAAAAAUGGUUGGAGUGAUUAAACAGGCUAAACUAUUGUUCAAGUGAGUAGAGAUAUUUUGCAACACUUAAAUAAUGGAUAGUGUCUUAUCGUUAUAGUUUCCUAUCAUAUUUUUAUGUACCAUGCAUAAUUUCUGAUCUAAGCUGUCACCUGUAAGUUUCUCAGCAGCUUAUCUCUUCAUCAUUGUGUUAACCUUGUACAUUAUGCAGAAAAUGGUUGUCUUUAUCAUGCAUUGAGGAUGUCUGGAAUGCUAUCACAAAUAAUUAGUGUUUUUAUAUCAGUGUAUAUUAUAAAUAUAUUAUCAAUGUAUUCUUAAUGAUGAAGAGGAACAACAUGGAAUACACAAGGUGGACAAGGCUAGCACACCGAGGUCAAGUUUAUCCUCCAGGACCAACCAUGGAAGUGAAUCUUCUGAUGAUAUUUGCCUAUCAUUAAGAAUUAUAUAUUGACUCUUUUGAAAUAAUUUGUGCAAUAUUGAUAAUGUUUGUUCAACAUCAGUUCAAUCUAUUUGGGCCUACGUAUUUAUAAU